AUGAACGAUAUGGAGUCACUAUCCGAGAACUCGUGGGAUAUAAUCAUUGCAGGAACUGGGCUGGCUCAAUCUCUCCUGGCGUUCGCCCUCUCGCGGUCGGGAAAAAGAGUGCUCCACUUGGACCAAAACUCAUACUAUGGAGGUUCCGAGGCUGCCUUCAGUCUGGAAGAGGCUUCGGAGUGGGUGAAUAGCGUCAAUCAUCAUCCAUCCCGGACUCCAUUUGAUGAAGCCAAGAUUUUCACAUACCAGCACCCACAAGAUUCCCCACGGUCUUCUCCUUCCCAGACUGGCUCUGAGUCAAGCGAGCGUCCACAAAGCACACCAGACCUUCGUCCGAAGCUGGCUUCUAGUCGCGCCUACACACUCUCUCUGUCCCCAUACUUCCUCUACACCCGCUCAGAACUAAUCUCUAUCCUCAUCUCUUCAAAGGUCUACCGCCAGCUAGAGUUCAUGGCUGUGGGCAGUUGGUGGCUCCACUUUCCGGAACAUCCCAAUGCUGAGAGCAAUGAUACUGGUGCUGCGCGACUCUUUCAUCGCGUGCCUGGUAACCGAGAAGAUGUCUUUGCUGAUACUCAUAUCAGUAUGAAAUCUAAGAGGACGCUGAUGCGGUUUCUGCGGCAUCUCAACAAGGCUCAGGAUGAGGAGGCGAGUGAGAUGGAGACAAACGAGGACCUGUCGAUGCCGUUUGGGGACUACCUGUCUUCCAAAUUUAGUGUUCCUCAGGACCUCCAUAAUCCCUUGCUCUCGCUCUCUUUGUCACAGUUGCCCCAGCAGGACACUACCGCCAGCUAUGCAGUUCCUCGCAUCAAGAGGCAUCUAGCUUCCAUUGGUGCCUUGGGACCUGGCUUUGGAAGUAUUGUGUCCAAGUAUGGUGGAGGCUCGGAGAUCCUUCAGGUUGGAUGCAGAGCUUCUGCUGUUGGCGGAGGUGUGUAUGCACUGGAUACAGGCAUCCAAUCUAUCACAGAUGCCGAAGCCUCGGCAGAGUCAGAACACCCUGUUGAAGUGCAACUAUCCAAUGGGGAGACUGUUCGAACCAAGUUCGUGAUCGGCUCUGCCUGGGACCUUCCCAGCCAGAAACAGCCCUCUUGUGCAAAAGUUGCAAGGUCGAUCACAAUAGCCUCUUCAGAUUUCACCUCCCUUCUCCCUGUUACAGCAGAAGGAGGUCCAGUGCCUGCCAGUGCCGUCCUUAUGUUCCCCGGCGAUACAUUGAGCAGCCCUCAAUCUCCGCCGGUUUACCUCCAGGUCCACUCGAGUGAUACCGGCGACUGCCCACGACAGCAGAGUAUCAUAUAUGGCAGCAUCGCUCUCUCCGGUCCAGAGGGCCACACUCUCCUCGAGUGUGCCGUCGACCGACUCCUUCGAGCAGAAGGUCCCCAGGCCAUUGCUCUAUGGUCCAUGCGGUACAACCAGCUAGGCCGUCUCAGUAAUGAUGGGACACCGCCUUCUAUCCAAACUUAUUCGCCUCAUGUCUUCAGCUUCCCGCCGGCCAGCCUUGAUCUGGCGUUUGAGGAUGAAACUGUUGAUGUAAUCAAGCAGGCUUGGAUGAAGAUUGUAGGAGAUGAGGUGGACCAUGACGAGUUCAUGAACUUUGAGGAUCGCGAAGGCGCCUCUGAUGAUUGA